AUUAGCCCUAUCCAAAACCCUAAUCUUCCCUUUGAUAAUAUGAACCUUGAAGACAAACUUGGAAUGGACUUGGUUCCUCAAUCCGACCAUCUUUGCUAUAUCCGCUGCAACUUCUGCAACACCGUUCUUGCGGUUGGGAUCCCAUGCAAAAGGUUGCAGGAAACAGUGACAGUGAAAUGCGGCCAUUGCGGUAACCUCUCCUUUCUCAGCACCAGGCCUCCACUGCAAGGUCAAUGCCUCGAUCCCCAAACCAGCCUAACUCUCCAGAGUUUCUCCGGGGAUUUCAGGAAAGGUACUCAGUUUUCACCGUCAUCUUCGUCAACGUCGAGCGAGCCAUCAUCCCUUAAAGCUCCAUUUGUUGUAAAACCCCCCGAGAAGAAACACAGGCUUCCAUCUGCUUACAAUCGGUUUAUGAAGGAGGAAAUACAGCGCAUUAAAGCAGCAAACCCUGAGAUACCACAUCGAGAGGCUUUCAGCGCAGCUGCUAAAAAUUGGGCUAGGUACAUCCCAAAUCCUCCAGCAGAAGCAUCUGUUUGUGGAAGCAGCAGCAAUGAACAAAGUGAUAAUGCGUGAAAAUUGCAUGCAAGAACAAAGCUGAUGAGAGACUGGUGGGUUUGGAGAUUUGAGUCAGACUGCUACCAAAAUAAUUAGGGCGUAUUUAACGUAACUUCGUCUUCUUUAAUUAUCAUAUAACUAAUGAAUAUUAGUGUGGUUUUACUGUUUUAGUUUU